AUGCCAAAAAUUCUUCCCUGCAAAGUUGUGUCAGUUCGUUCCUCUUCUAAUAAUGAUCUGUUAUAUCAAUUAUACACGUUGCGGGGCGUUCUAUCAAUAUCUUAUGGUGUACAAGAUCUAUUGGAUCUAACUAAAUGUGAUUUUGCAGACUUACGUGCUGUGGAACCAACGACGUUACCGACGAUGACAUUCAUUCAAGCAUGUAAAGAAUAUAUUUCAGUUGGUGCGCUUAAUCUUGCAGAAGCGUGCAACUGUUCAGGAAAAUGUGCCACAAAAGCUUGCCCAUCAACAAGUCUUUAUCAAAAAGUAAUCAAUUACAAUCUUUUUGUCUUAAAAGACAAUGAAUAUGAUGAUAAUGACAAUAAUGAAAAUCCAACUAUUAUUCUUAGACAUCAAAAAUAUAAAACUUGGUUAUAUAUUAUUCUUUUUACAAUUUGUUUCUAUAUUUUAUUUUAUAUAAAUUUAAUAAAAACACAAUCAACAACAGUUACUAUACCGGAUAUAUCAUUUGAUAAAUAUACUAAACUUUAUUCUCACUAUAAUCAAACACUUUCAUGUCCAUGUUCAACAAUAGCAGUACCUUAUCAAAAUUUUACAUCAUUUCAUAUACAAAUACAUUCUGUUUGUUCAAGUAUUUUCGUCGAUUCAGAAUGGAUAAGAGCAUUAUAUUUUAAAGAAGCAAGUCAAUAUGGAGUUUGGGAUUUUCGAACAACAGCAUAUUCACAAUUUAAUCUUUUAUCGAAAUUUUGUUUAUUUUCAAAAGAAAUCAUUGAUCAAAUUCAAAUUGAUAUUGCUAAUAGUGAACUUAUUACUUUUCAUCUUCUUUCUCAUGAACAAUUUCAAAUUCAAACUAAUGGAACAAUUGAAUAUUUGAAGAAUAAUGCAGCUUCUGGAAUGAUAACGUUUCUAAAUUAUAUAAGAAAUACAAGUGAUAAACACUAUUUUGUUUCAGCUCUGAAUACAAACUUUAUAAUUGAAGUAAUGGGUAACACAAAUGACCGUGCCCUUUUUAUAGGACACGAAAUAGAAUAUCCGACUAAUGAUACAUCUGGUCCAACAUGCAAUCAUAACAUAUUAAUAAUUGAUGCUACUCUCAAUCCAUUACCCUAUCAAUCAAUUUAUUAUUCUCGAAGAUAUCAAAUGUUUCCUAUGCCUAAUUCUAGUAUUGUCAAUGGAUUUUUUACAGGAUGUACUCCUCUUGAAGCACUUCUUAAAAGUACAUUAGAUUGUCUUUACGAAAUUGAAUGUCUUCAAGUAUUACUCGAAUAUUUUCCAAAAUUAACAGAAAUCAAUUUCGAUCCAGAGAAUUCAACUUUAUUUUCAGAAGAUAGAAAUAUAUCUGUUAAUGAAUAUUUAAAUAAUCUUUUCAUUACAAAUUGGUCACUAUCAAUUAAUUAUACAAAAUAUUUUCAUCUUUGUUCUCCAACAAAAUGUACAUAUUCAAAAAUAGAACGAACAGAACUACUUUAUGUAAUUACAUUUUUCAUUAGUCUUUAUGGUGGUCUUGUUCUCAUACUUCGUCUUAUUGCAUCAUUUUCUAUUGAUAUUAUAUUCAAAUGGAAAUGUUUCUCGAAAAAAAGCCAUGAAAAUUUCAAAAUAAAUCAAAGAAACAAUAAGUUCAAAUUUACUCAAACAAUAAAAAGAUUAAAUUUAUUUAAGAAUGUCAACAAUCGAACAGAACAAAAUAUUGAAAAACAGAAAAUGAUCACACGUGUCUAUUUAUUUUUAUUAAUUAGUUCAAUAUGUACUAUUUGUUUAUAUACAUCAUUUGAUAGUGAAUCUAUGAUAAUAACUAUAACAAAAUUAUCAAUGGAAACUUAUAGUUCUUUAGAAAUGUUAUAUUCUGAUUCACUUCAAUGUCCAUGUUCAAACCAAGCGAUAUCUCAUAAAAAAUUCCUAUAUUUAUCACCACGUUUUCAUCAAAUAUGUUCGAGCCUUUUCAUUGAUACUCAAUGGAUUAAUAUAUUAAGAAAUCGACGGAAAUUUUACUUUGCUAAUGAUUGGCGUACUCAAGCGUUCUUACACUUUCAAUUUCUGUCUGAUUUUUGUCAUUUAGCUCAUAAGACAAUCGAUGAAGCCAUUAUUCGAUAUUAUUCUCAAUUAUUUAUUGUUUCUUCUGUAAUGAAUGAAACGGAAUUUAAUAAACAAAUUAAUAUAAGUCUUAAUCAAUUUUAUCAAUCAACAAUUUAUCAUUUUGAUUUAAUGACAAAUGUUUUACAAUUAUUAAUGCAGAUUGAUCAGUUUUAUCUAGAAUCAUCGAAGGUACUUUACGGGAGGAUUGAUGACGUCAAUUUAAUAAGUGAUGUUAUUACAGCUGAUGAAAAUUCUAUUCAUCCAGUCAAACUUCAUUUUGUGUUAAAUGAAAUUCCAUUAGUCAAUUCAACAAUGAUUAAAUGUAAUUGUGCCAUAAAUCCGUAUUGUGAGACAGUCGCUGUUGUGUUUAACACCGGUUUCAAUAUUCAUAAAGAUCGGAUGCAAUACGUACCAGGUUCGAAUCGACGAUGUCUUGCUAUUGAUUCUCUUCUUUCUUCAUCACUUCAAUGUUUGUAUAAAGAAUCAGAUUGUUUUUCAUUUUUACUAUCUUCUUUUUACGAAAUGUUUGCUAAUGAUGCUGAUCGUAAUCCAUCUUUAUUAUUUGAUUUUGGUCCAUUGAAUUACGAUCCAAUGACGACUCGAUUUUCUCUAUAUGAAAAUGUUUCAGUUAUAUUUAAAGAAAUAAUGAUUGAACAGUGGAAUCCAUCCAUAUCUUAUCGAUUAUUUUAUGAAUCAUGUUCACCUACUUAUUGUACUUAUUCUCGAAAAAUGCAAAAACAAAAUUUUCUUGGCGUAGUCAUAACUUUAAUAUCAAUGGUUGGUGGUGUUAUACUUUCUUUACGAAUUGUUACACCUCAUCUAGUUGAAUUGAUUCUUAAACUAUUAACAAAAUUUAAAAACAACAAUCAACAACAGCAACAAAGAGACCAAAUUCAUCAAAAUUGUUUCAAUCGAAUGAAAAUCAUAAUACAAAAUGCACUAAGAAUUUUAUUAACAACAUUAAUUGAAUUAAAUAUCUUUUCCUUACGUGAUUUUGGAAGAAAUAUUAAUAAAUUAACAGCUAAAAAAUAUGGUCGAUGGGCAACUCGUCUUUAUUUUAUAUUAUUUCUUAGUAGUCUAACAAUUCUUAUAUUCUAUACAAUUAUUCAACCACGUAGUAUAACAAAAACAUUUAAACAACCAUUAAUUAUAUCUUAUUACGAAAAAUUACGAAAAAUUUAUGGAGAUGAAUUAAAAUGUUCAUGUUCACGAAUAGCAUCAACAUAUAAUAAAUUUAUUAAAAUUAUACCAAUGUUUCAUCCUAUUUGUUCAAGUGAAUUUGUAUCGAAAGAAUGGAUUAUUAAUAUAACAAAUGGUAUAUCUUCGAAUUUCUCCGUCUAUUCACAAAAUGAUUAUCGUCGAUUUCUUUCUUCUCAUUUACAAUAUCUUCAAGGUUUAUGUCAACUCUCAAAUAAAUCAGUUACUAAUACUAUUAAUGAAUUUCUUACAUCAUUAUUUGUUACUGUUGAAAUUCUGCCUGAAGAAGACUUUUAUCAUCGUAUUGAAAUUUUAAUUGAACAAAGUAAAUCAAAUGUACCGAUUUUAUUCUCUCGUUUUCUUUUUAUGAUUCAAACAAUUAAUCAUGGAAAUGCUUUUAUAUCAACAUAUGAAACAAAUUAUCAAUAUAUUUCUUUAUUACCUAUAGAUGAUCUAAGUUAUGCAUAUACAGAAUCAAUGAUUUAUGAUGAUAACUGUUCAUGUGGUUUAUAUUCAAAUUGUACAACACAAGCAAGUUUUAUUGAAAAGAAUUCAUCAAAAACGAUACCAAUUCAAGGUUUAAAAAUGGGUUGUUUACCAAGUGAAUCAUUUCAUUUUUCAACUCUUGAAUGUUUUUAUAAUCAAUCAUGUCUUAAACUUCUUUAUCACUAUACAAAUUAUGAAAAUUCUUCAAAUCCUCUUUUAAUCAUAUCGGAUGAUUUUCCAUUAAAUAUGACAAUUAAUCAAUUAAUUAAUUAUUCAUUUACUGGUAAAUGGUUAAUACAACCAAAUUAUUUAUCGUAUUAUUAUCAAUGUUUACCUUCAAUAUGUUCAUAUACUUACAUCGAAAAAUUUAAUUUAUUGUAUAUCAUUACUCUUUUUCUUAGUCUUCAAGGUGGUUUAACAUUAGUUCUUACAUGGAUUUCUCCAAAAAUAAUUCGAAUUCUAUCAAAAAUAUAUCAUUAUUAUCGAAAAAAACAAAGAAUAUUAGUUCAUCCUGACAAUUCUCUUGCAAUUCAAUCAAAUAAUAUGAAUGUUCAAACAUCAGAAUCUAUUAUUAUUUCAUCAAUUCGACGUUCUUCGAAGAAAAUUUUCGUAACUAUCUCAUUAGUAUUGUUACUCAUAGGUUCUAUUAUCUUUUCAAUUUAUUAUGUUCGAAAUGUUUCCGUAUUGAAUAAAACAACAGAUACAAAUUUGAAUAUAACUCCAUCAAAUCCUCAACAAUUAUUCAUCACAACAUCUCUACGUUCAACAACAUACACAUUUCAUCUGAUCUCUGCCUUCAAACAAGCUAUACAUUUUAUACCAUUUGAGAAUGAACUCUAA